AUGUUCAUCUCAGUUCAUCGUGGACUAUUAUGGUGCAUUUUAUGUGGACAAAACAAUCAGUAUUUGUAUGGAGUAUAUGGAUGCCGGUGGGCUGGACACGUUGUUGCCCACUGUGGGGCGUUUUCCGGAACCGAUUAUAGUCCUCAUCGCCGACUCGGUCACGCAGGGUUUAUUGUUCUUGUGGCAGGAGCUGCAUAUACUUCAC